AUGGACUCUCCGUCCUCUUCCUCAAAGACUGUCUCGUUGCCUAGUAUACACGAGAUGUUCCCAGAACAUAUAGAGCGGGCUCAAAACAAGAAUGACUUGAAGGAAGUUGGAUCGAAAGGGAAAUCUCGAGAAUCGUCCGAACGUUCGUCGCGAUCACCCAAGGGUUCACCGUCGUCGAGGCAUUCAGAACUAUCCACAUCACGAGGCCGACCGGUUACCAACGAGGGACCCCACGACGUCUCCUUUGACGUCCUUCGCUCAGAUCCCAGCAGUUCGUCGCUGCAACACCUGACAUCGAGUACCACAUAUCCAAACCGGGGUGCCGCCCUUACAUACCAGUCUGGCGCAGGCGUCGAGCGUGGUUCAGCCCCUGCCUUUCGUGUUUCAGUUUCUGCGACGCCACCCCCAGGCCCGCCAUCAGACGCAUCAUCCGCAGCCCCUCCCUCGACCUCUUCUCAGCCGCGUGGGAGCCACAACUUGCCCGCUGACAUGGCUGGGAUGCACAUCAAUGACCCACAGCAGCAAGCGCGAUCGGCUGGCACCAAUAACCACAAUGGAUCCACAAGUUACCCCUCCAUCAUCUCGUUUCCCGUUUCCGGACAGCGUCCUCACUCUGGGGGCCCACUGGCUUCCCAAGAAGAUAAUGUCGGCAAUGGUAGUGAAGAAGAGGGUGCCAAUGAAGCUAGCUCAGGAAAGAAGCAUGUUUGCCCAACGUGUUUCAAACGUUUCAAUCGACCGAGUAGCCUGAGAAUCCAUGUCAACACUCAUACUGGCGCUACUCCGUUCCGUUGCCCAUGGCCGAACUGUGGUCGUGAAUUCAACGUCAACUCAAACAUGCGACGUCACUAUCGCAAUCAUGCAUCCCCUGGAUUCGCCCGCCAGCCCACAGAAAUCCGACGCAGGAGACGUCGAAUCGACAACUCGAUGCUCGAAGGACACCCUCCUCAUUUGAACGCCCCUCAUCUGGCACCCAUGCGUCGCGUUUCUGAUCCUUACGGACGCACGCACCUCGCCACGACGACCUCGAGUACGAUUUGCACCCUGCCGCGUGGUCAGGCAGCCCGCACGCGAUGCCUCGCGCUCCUCAUGAAAGAUCAUCGCGAUCGUCGACGGCUUCGAUCCCUCCCCACCAUUAUCCCUACCAUCGUCGGUCCCCGCACCACUCUUCUCGCCACCCGGAAGACGUGCCUCAUCAGUACCAAUACCCUCCGCCUCCUCCGGGAUAUGGUAGCCAUCACUCGCCGCCCCCACCUCCGUCGCACUACCCACCCCAUCGCUACUCCCCCUCGAUGUCUUAUCACUACGACUACCCAAGGUCUCCGAGGCAUCACCCAUACCCACUGCCUGGUACUCGAUCCUACACGCCUGCUGGCUCGAGCUUCCAUUCCUCCUCACCAUCUCCCUCGCAUCUCCUCCUCUCCAUACGCCAUCAUCUCAUCCGUCCAGGUCCCAUUCGCACUCACAUCCUCAUUCCCAUCCACACGGGCCGCCAACAAUCCACAAAGAACCAAUCUACACUGCCUCGAAUCCAUAUCUUCGGACGGUGACGGAGAACCGCAUCGUUUCUACGACGCUGAGGCCAGCGUUCGCCUCGACACCAGCUCGUGCGCCGGAACCACCGUCCUCCAGGCACAGCUAUUCCGGGCGAACCUAACCGAGGAUCAUUAUCGCAUCGCCUUCGUUUCUGCAAGUUCCAGUUCCCUGCUACCUUCUGCUGAUGACUAUCUCCUCUUCCUCUUAUCACAUCAUCGACUCGACUUUAUCUGCUAG